AGUCAGGUGUGCCAACAUUGGCUCCCUGACACUCGUUUUGCACUCUCGUUCCUUUUGCUCCACCGUCUUCCGUUCUUGAUUGUGUGUCAUUUUAUUGCGUGUCUCGUAAAAAGUAGCCUCUUUUUCUUGGUCGCCUUCAUUAAAGUUUGGCGAGUUUGUUGGAAACUUUGUCAUCCUCCCGAAGGCACACAACAUUUGUUUACAUGAUACACACAUGACAGAAGACUAGCAGAAAGCAAACUAGGUUAGGGGCGUUUAUUUUGUUUCCUGUGUAGUUUAGAUCCUUUUUGAGGGUGGGAGCGUUCGACGAUCUUUGACAGCCCCCAGCUUUAGGUUUAAGAUUGGUGAGCAGACACGUUGUGAUGCGGGUGCACCGCAAAAUAGUGCUGCCCGUCACAUCUCGGGGUUGUUGACACUUCCAUUCAACAUCCUUGUCUGCUGUUCAAAUUCAAGAAUUAAGGCGCACAAUGGCUGGCAAUGCUGGCCCUGCUGGCCCUGCUGGCCAGACACAGAGUGAUGUAGCCACUGCUCCUGCUAAUGAGGAGACUCAAGAUGCCAGGAGUGAACCAUCAGUCCUUGCCGCUCGUGACACAUGCAGCGAAUACAGCUUAUCGAGUAUGUCAGCCCAAAGCACUGGAGAGGAGUGCUUCCGUUCUCCAUGCCAUGCCGAAAGUAGUAUGGCCCGCAUGGAAUCAUAUUUACAGCUUAACCAACUCACUGACGUAAUCCUUGUUGCUGGAAGCAAGCGUAUUCCUGCUCAUCGUCUGAUAUUGUGCGCUGGCUCAGAAUAUUUCUCUGCUAUGUUUACUAGUGGCCUACGAGAAACAAAUCAAAGUGAAGUGGAAUUGCAAUUUGUUGAUGGCAAUGCUCUCAGUUCAUUGGUUCAAUAUUGUUAUACAGGUCGUGUGGAGCUGCGGGAGGACACUGUAGAAACUCUACUGGCAACAGCUUGUCUCCUUCAAUUGCCGGCUGUUGUAGCGGCAUGCUGUGCUUUCCUCAAACGACAGCUUCAUCCUUCCAACUGUAUUGGAAUUUCUUUGUUUGCGGACCAGCAGGGAUGCGUGGAUCUACAGUUAGCAGCUUAUGCAUACACCACAGAACACUUUAUGGAAGUGGUCUGUAACCAAGAGUUCUUACAAUUGUCUGCUGAGGAGGUUGCAAAACUUCUUGCAUCUGAUGAUCUUAAUGUUCCAUCUGAAGAGGCAGUUUUCCUUGCUCUCAUGGGAUGGGUUAAGCAUGAUUUAACCAACCGAAAGAAUGACUUAGUUCUGGCUAACUUACUUGGUCUUGUGAAAAUGCCUCUCCUUCCACCAUCAUUUAUCGCUGACCACAUUGAGACAAACCCACUGUUCAAAGAUGUUCGGGCUUGCCAAGACCUCAUAAUGGAAGCUUUGAAGUACCAUCUUCUCCCUGAGAGAAGGCCUCUCCUCCAAUCUCCCAGAACCCACCCUCGUAAAUCAACUGUUGGCUUUUUGUAUGCCAUCGGGGGAAUGUAUGCUAAAAAGGGUGCCACUAACAUUGAGAGAUACAACUUAAGGUCAGACUCGUGGCAUCAUGUCGAUGAAAUGAAUGGACGGCGUUUGCAGUUUGGUGUUGCUGUUGUAGAUGGCAAAAUAUUUGUUGUGGGUGGAAGGGAUGGGCUAAAGACUCUAAAUACUGUGGAGUACUAUGACCCAGCCACUAAGACAUGGAUAUUUUUACCCCCAAUGUCCACCCAUCGGCAUGGUCUAGGUGUGGGAGUUCUUGAAGGACCUCUCUAUGCUGUGGGUGGCCAUGAUGGAUGGAGUUAUCUUAAUACAGUUGAGAGGUGGGACCCACAGUCAUCUCAGUGGAGCUAUGUUGCUCCUAUGGCAUACCAAAGAUCUACUGUUGGAGUUGCAGUUCUAAACAACAAGUUAUAUGCAGUUGGAGGCCGAGAUGGGUCUUCUUGUUUGCGAUCAGUGGAGUGCUAUGACCCUCACACAAAUAAAUGGAUGCCAUGUUCACCCAUGUUGAAAAGACGUGGUGGAGUGGGAGUUGGUGUUGCAAAUGGCUACUUGUAUGCAAUGGGAGGUCAUGAUGCUCCUGCCUCAAAUCCAUCAGCGUCUCGAUUUGAUUGUGUUGAGAGGUAUGAUCCGAAGACUGACACCUGGACAAUGGUUGCGUCAAUGAGCCAUGGCAAAGAUGGCAUUGGAGUGGUUCUCUUUGGUGACAAGCUGUUUUGUGUUGGAGGCUAUGACGGCCAACACUACAAAACACUAGUAGAAGUUUAUGACCCUCAAACAAAUGAGUGGACACAGGCUGCUCCUCUCAACACAGGUCGGGCUGGAACUUGCCUUGUAGUUCUGAAAAAUUAAUGUUUUCCUGGUGAUUUUAACAAGCUGGUAAUUAGAGCAUAGAAAGAAGCAUUACAAUUUCUGUUUUAAAUGUUUUGUUUUUGUGUUUUGAAGUAUAACUACUCCUUGAAUCAUUCCUAUGAUUGUAGUAAAAAUUUGAUUGGGUAGAAAAAUUCACUGGUUUUGGUUUAUGGUUUCUGUUCCAUUUAUAGUAGUUGUUCCAUAAAAUUGUAUUCCACCUAACUUAGCUACAUUCCUUUAAUGUUGUUGGUUGCAACAGGAAUCUUUUCUAUGUUUUUUGAUUGUUUUUUAUUUUUUUGUGUAUGUGUGUUUUUACACUGGCUGUAUUCCAUGAUCUGUUUAGACAAUUAAGUUAGAAUCUUGUGGAAAUAAGUUGUGGUUUAUACUCAAGACUUUCUAUUUCUAGCAGAUUCAAAAGUCAGUAUAUAUGUAAACUGUGAUUUUAAAAUAGUUCAACUGCUUUAUUUUUAGGUGUGCGCAUUGCUUAUGUGCAAUCUUUGUUUUAAAAUAAGAUGACUGAGGCAUUGCCUCCAACAGCCUCGCAAGCUGAUCAUAUUCACCAAUAAACUAGAACCACACUCUUUAGAGUAUUAACAUUGCACUUUGUAGAAUUACACAAUUGCUCUUUGUUCGUAGAUUAGAGAUAAAGGUGAAUUUCAACUACAAUUUUUUUCCAUAGAUUACAUAUGUGCGUAUGUAAAAUGCUUGUGGGCCAUGUAACAUGUUUUGCAACCGUGAUCUUUGUACUGAAAACCAACAAGAGUGUCAUUGUACACUUUUGUUAUAUCAUACUACAUUGGACCAAAUUAUUAAAAAAAAAUUCAUAUCUGUUCCUACAUAUGUAACAGCAAUAGUUUGAAUCUGACAAUGCUCAUUGUGUUCAUAAAAUAAAAACUUGUGAGUUGGUUUAAAAAAAAAUCAUUUGUUACUGGGAUUUUAAGUUUAAUUUGUUGGUAUGUGUAAGUUAGUUUGAAGCAGCCCCCUUUAAUCCUCAUCUUGGUGUUAAUGCAUCCAUUGUAUUUCUGGGACUGUUCAUAUCUGUUCACUGUGAUUAUUUUUGAUUUUUUUUAUUAACUAAAUUAAAGAUGGAAGCUGUAGAAUGUGAA